UGGGCUGACCCGUAUGUUGGGGUAGCGAUCUCACGCUCAUCCAUCAACCUGGCGGUGGUCAGAGGCUGACCAGUGCUGGCCGUGAGAACCUUUGGGCCGUGACGGCCACACCGGAUUGGGUACCACGCUGUGGGCAAUGCAUACCUGGUGUCUUGGGGGACUCGGCUAUUAACGUGGCCAACAGCCCAUAAAUUACCUGGUGACACCACGGGCUGACCGUUGAUGCUUGAUCUAGGCUAGUGACGGUCCGUGUUUUACGGCUGGGAAAACCUGCCAGAUCGCACAGGGCCGAGAUGGACGGUCAUGUCCUGACCUGACCUGACCUGGGGGUCAGGCUCGAUUAACAAGGUUCCCACACUAGCGAGGGACGACUUGAGUACUUUAGGAGGGUAGACCGGAGACUAGUGGGACACUCUCGACACAGACACUCUGGACACACACUCGGAGACGGACGGACGUCUCGGAUAGCUAGGUUUAGAGGAGACAUGGGUCGUCUCUGUGAGCUAGUGGAAAGCCACGACAUGUACUAGACCUAGGCUAGGCUUGACAGUUAGGGACAAGUAGGGCAGUCGACUUAAGGACUUUAGUUGUUGUAGUUACGUGUGUAUAUUUCUGAUAGUUGUACUUCGGUGGCGGGUUAAUGUUAGAUGUUGUACUUUGUGGCGAAUAAAUAGAGAUUACUGAAGUUGGCUUUUAUUUAUUUUUAUUUUUUCUUCUUCUUGUUUACGAUCCCCUGACUAGUUCGAAAGGAUUAGAGAAGGGGGUACGUAACAAUUGGCGGCUAGAGUCCGGGAUAGGACAGACAACGAGUUGAAUAGUUUCUUUUGAUGCCAUGUUCAGUUGGGGGCUCACGAGCUAGUGUUUGAUUUUAAGUUUUAUGAGUAGUGAGAGUAAAGUUGUUCACGGAAUCAGGAGAGUUUUCCAAACAUUGAGUAAGUAGCGAGCUUAUCACCUUUGUAUUGACACUGAGUUUAUUUUUCUUGAUUUUUAUGUUGGUCCAGUAGAGCUGGAAUUUUAUUUUGUUGAUUCAGUAUAGCUGGAGGGAUUAAUGCCCAGUAUACUUGAAUGUUUUUUGUUUGGUCCAGUGGAACUGGAGUGUUCGGGUUUAUUCAGUACAGCUGGAGGGUCAUUCCCAGGUACGUGAAUAAAUUCGUAAUUUUUAUUUGGUUUGCUCAGUAUAGCUGGAGGGUCAAUUCCCAGUAUACGUGAGUGAAUCGUUUGUGAUCCAGUGUAGCUGGAUAUCUUAGUUUGGUUGGCCCAGUAUAGCUGGUGUCUACCUGUUUCAAGUGUCAAAGGUGAUAGCCCUACUUUUAAUGUUUAAGUUAAAGUGUUUGUUGUAAGCCACAUUUUAGUAAUUAACCGCCACCAUUUAGCUGGAUAAGUUCCGUAAGUGUGAAUCAUGGACGUAAUGAGUUUUAUGGAGUGUCCAACUCUAGAAGUUUUAGACAGGUUUUGUCGCGUAGAGUUGUUGCGUCUAGUUGAGGAGCUAGGACUAGAGGUUGAUGUCUCGGAUAGAGAUAGAGUUCUACGAGAUCAUAUUUGUGUUGAGUUAGUAAAUACAGGUAGAUUAGAGGAGGAGUGUCUAGACUCGAUAGAAUAUUAUGAGAUAGGACGAAUUAGGGUUGAAGAAAUUGAGAGAGAGUUUCAAGUUAAGAUGUUAGAGAUCGCGAGAGAAAAAGAGGAUAAGUUGUUAGAGAUCAGGAGGGAUAUAUUCACGUCAGAAUCUUGGAAGGAAAUUGACAUUAAAAGUUUAGAGAAACUGUUCGGACAUGAAGUGAAACUAUUAGAGAUCAGGAGGGAACGGGAUUUACUUAGGCUAUGGGAGGAGGCGCAUCUUAGUGGAUUGUUUGACUUUCCAGAAUCUGUCUCUGUUUUCUCUCAGGCCAGUGUAGUAGUUUCCGAGGAUCGGUAUAGAAAUGAAGAUAGUUCGUUGUCUGAUAGAGUUGGUAGCGAGUUUUGUCAGUCUCAGACUAAGGCUGCCACUAGCUUUGGCUCAGUCCCUGAAGUCGACUCUAACCUAGCACAACCAGCACAAACGUCAAAACGUGCUGAUAGCUUACGAGUUGAAAGUUUUCUGCCGACAAGUACUGAAGGCAGUCAGCAAGUUAUUGGUUUAGAUAAAAUCACGGCGACCACUCUAAUGUUGACCAGUCAUGAAAAGGGGCUGUCAAUAUCUGACCCAGUGGAUACAACCACCGAUGAUAUAACGGCAACCACUCUGAUGUUGACCAGUCAUGAAAAGGGGCAGUCAAUAUCAGAACCAGUGGUUACAACCACCGCUGAAAUCACGGUAACCACCGAGAGAGUGAAUACCCAUGAGAACAGGCUGUCCUCGUCUGAACCUGAACCAGUAACUGCAUCUGAUCAAGACCUUACUACUUGUCAUCUUGAUGGCGUCAUGACCUUAUCUGGAGGUCAUGUGAAUGGUGACCUACACCUUCAGUUAGACGAGUCAACGAAUCUUCUGCCAGCCUCGGUAACAGACGAAAUUGUUACCCAUUGUCUUGGAGGUGAGCCUAACACGGGCUGUCCUCCCAUUAUCACAGCAGUGUUUAAUUUCUCCCCGACCAAGUCCAGCAACCCAGAGGCCAUGACCUCACCUGGAGGUCACGUGGAUGGUGUUCUACAUCCAGAGAUAGACGAGUCAACGAAUCUUUUGCCAGCAUCAGUAACGAACAAAAUCGUUACCCUUUGUCUUGGAGGUGAGCCUAACACGGGCUGUCCUCCCAUGAUCCCAGCAGUAUUUGAUUUCUCCCCGACCAAGUCCAGCAACCUGGAGGCCAUGACCUCACCUGGAGGUCACGCGGAUGGUGUUCUACAUCCCGAGUUUGAGGAGACGACGAAUCUUUUGUCAACGUCGGUGACAAGCGUAGUUGUUACCUCUUGUUUAGGAGUUGAGCCUAACUCAGGCUUCCCUCCCCUUAUCACGGAGGUGAUUUAUUGUUCUCUGACCGACCCGGUCAAAACCAACAACCCGGAGACGGUGACCUCAGCGGGUCACGCUACUUCUCUCAACCGAGGGUGCGUACAAGCGAGCGCACACCCCAUUGCUUUCACGGAGACGGGGCGUGUACUCGUUCCCUCUUUGUGUGACACGGUGUUCAGGAUUAACAUCGUGUCAAAACAUGGCUACAUUAGUGCAAGCAGUCCUGUGAAACCACGCCUUAUGUGCGAGUCGAUAUUGGUGUGGACGGACAAUAACUCUGUUACUAAAUUUGUGCUGCGCCGUUAUAAAGUUCGGCUAAAGUUUUUUAUGUUUACGGACUCAUGAUGACCCGAAAGACGGAAAACUAAUUUGUGUUUCAAACCUAUUAGAACUGUUUCCAAGAUAGACUGUUUCAUGUUUUCCCAGGAUGCAAGUGUUCUAAUCAAAAUGAACUGUUUUCAGGCUUAAAGAAUGUACCUUUUACAUGUCUUGUAAAAAAAAAAAAAAAUGUGUUAUUGAUGUUUUACAUGAUGAUGAAUUCGUGACAGUUUUUAAUUGUAUUGACAGGUUUUGUUGACUGAUGACGUAACUAUCAGUAAAACGAAGACUGUUGGUUUUCAAUCUUAGCAUUAUUUGCGACAGUGACACAUGUGUUGCAGAUUUGCUGUUUUAUUUACUUUGAUGUCUAUGUUUGAUGACAUUGUGUUUGGGGUAUUUAGUCAAACUUGUUAUUGUGACUAAAUCAUCCACGUUUCUUAUCUUUUUAGUAAUGAUUAUGUUAAAUGGAUUUAGUCCCAUUUAGGUUUAUUCUGGGACUUUUGAGGAAUUGUGAGAUUGGUAUGGUUGUCUAGUAAGAGAGGUUCAAUUAAUUCACCAUGUGGUGGCGAAUUAAUUUCUUGAAGGGUGGGGGUGUUACGACCACUUGGUGUUUAACCUGGGCUGACCCGUAUGUUGGGGUAGCGAUCUCACGCUCAUCCAUCAACCUGGCGGUGGUCAGAGGCUGACCAGUGCUGGCCGUGAGAACCUUUGGGCCGUGACGGCCACACCGGAUUGGGUACCACGCUGUGGGCAAUGCAUACCUGGUGUCUUGGGGGACUCGGCUAUUAACGUGGCCAACAGCCCAUAAAUUACCUGGUGACACCACGGGCUGACCGUUGAUGCUUGAUCUAGGCUAGUGACGGUCCGUGUUUUACGGCUGGGAAAACCUGCCAGAUCGCACAGGGCCGAGAUGGACGGUCAUGUCCUGACCUGACCUGACCUGGGGGUCAGGCUCGAUUAACAAGGUUCCCACACUAGCGAGGGACGACUUGAGUACUUUAGGAGGGUAGACCGGAGACUAGUGGGACACUCUCGACACAGACACUCUGGACACACACUCGGAGACGGACGGACGUCUCGGAUAGCUAGGUUUAGAGGAGACAUGGGUCGUCUCUGUGAGCUAGUGGAAAGCCACGACAUGUACUAGACCUAGGCUAGGCUUGACAGUUAGGGACAAGUAGGGCAGUCGACUUAAGGACUUUAGUUGUUGUAGUUACGUGUGUAUAUUUCUGAUAGUUGUACUUCGGUGGCGGGUUAAUGUUAGAUGUUGUACUUUGUGGCGAAUAAAUAGAGAUUACUGAAGUUGGCUUUUAUUUAUUUUUAUUUUUUCUUCUUCUUGUUUACGAUCCCCUGAC